GUGACAACGAGUCAUUUCUCAACCUUUCCCCAACCUCGGUGCGUUGUGUUCAGGACACUUUACUGCUUUGACCAUAUUAAUCACCUUGGGCUUGGUACACGACGCCUCAAUCCUCGUCUUGAGAUGGCCCUAUCAUCGCAUCAGCGAAUCAGAACAGUCCCUGGAUCCUGUUGGACAUGUAAAAACCGUCGUAUUCUAUGCGAUCUUACGAAGCCUGUGUGCCGGCGUUGUAUCGGAGUAGGGUCGUCCUGUCAAUAUUCCCAGGUUACACUGAAGCGACCUCUAAGACUGGUACCUCAUGUUCCUGCCGCCUUCCAACCCAUUGCUUUCCCUGCUGGCCUGUCCAGCACUUUGGAGGAGAAAGCCUUCUCUUAUUUUCACAGACGGCUUUGGCCUCUCCUCACUGCGGUUGAUGAUCAGAUCACUUUUCCGCUAGAUCCGGUCAUAAACAAUCAGGUCGUACGUGUGGUGAUUUGCCUGCUGGCAGAAUCGCAUCGUUUCCUUCAAGACAGGCGCAACAACCCGCCCGAUACCGUUCGAAAGCGCAGAGAGUGUAUAGAGGCCGUGAACAAGGAGAUUGAUCGCUGCUCUUCAGAUAUCAAUGCCAACAUGCAGCCACUAUUAUUUGCUAUUCUACUUCUUUACUUUUACGAAGGAUAUAUAGAAUGCCCUUGGUGGUCUCAUUCUACAUUGAUUCACCAAAAUGGUAUUCAGGCAACGAUUACGAGAAUGGGUGGAUUACAACGGGUGUUAAAAUCUGGUCACACAUCACUUCAUGUCUUAUUAUCUCUUUUUGCAACAGCAGAACUCACAACAAGAAUGCUAAGGGGAGGCGUGCCUUCAAUUUCUCCGCGCUCAUGGCGCCUCUUCAGUCCUGGGCCAGCAUGGUGGCGGGAACAUCUUCCAGACAAUACACCAUCCUCGGAACCGUGUUUAGGAAAUAUUAUGGAGUAUAUGUCUGAUAUAGUGUGCUACCGACAAUUCUUAAUUGACAAUGAAGCACUGCCAUCGACGGAGGUGAUCAAUGGAUUUGAAAGAGCACUUCAGCCUUCAUUCGCCCCCUUUGGGCUAGUUGAAACUGUCUCUCAGGAGAGUUCUACUGAAUCCUUACUCAUAUCACAUUACGCUUUCCUCCGGGCCUAUCAACACACUGCAUAUAUCUUUUUAUACAGAGGAGUGUGCAGUUUACCCACGACUCACCCUCUGGUACAACAGCAUGUUGAUGCCUGCCUCGACGCUAUCGAUAUGGUUUCACGCUCAUCUAAAGCUGUUAACUGCUUGGUCUUUCCUCUAUGUGUUGCAGGAUCGCAUGUCCAGACUCUCCAGCGUCAGCGUCAUAUCUUAAAAGUCCUAUUUGAUAUACAGAAUACAAUUAAAUUUGCUUCUUUACAGCAAAUAAUACAGUUUUUAGAAAGCUGUUGGAAAAUAGAAAUAGUAGAUAGCUCAUGGCUUGAGGUAUUUAUAUCUUUAAAUAGCAAUAUAAUUAGCUUUUAA